AUGGACCUCCUAGAGAAAGAGAAUCGUGAACUCCGUGAAGAGGUGACAACUUUGAGGGACAUGAUUUAUGAGAUUGUCUCUAUGCCCGUCUUAGUGGCUCCCAUCAGUGUUCCACAACACUACAUACCUAUUGGCUUCCCUUGGGACAUGCCUCCCAACUUUGUGCCUGAGGGGAACCAACCUGAAAUUCCACUGGCUCAACCUGUGAUGUUAGUACCAUCUCCUGUGGUUAAUGUUGUUGCUUAUGUCGAAGAACCUGUUUUUCAUGUUGACAAAAGCGAGACCGUUGGUGUUUCUUUAAGAAUGGAUGAGUUCCAAGUUCAAUUUAAGGCUAUGCAUAAAGAGAUUCAAGAUUUAAGGGGGAAAGGUAUGUUCGGGAAGAAUGCUCAUGAUUUAUGUUUGGUUCCUCAUAUGAAGAUUUCGCACAAGCUCAGAGUUCUGGAUUUUGAAAAGUACAAAGGCAAUUUCUGUCCUAUGAUUCAUCUGGUGAUGUACGCUUGUAAGAUAUCGACUCAUAUUGACAAUCAUCAAUUUUUGAUCCACUACUUUCAAGACAGUUUGUCUGGGGCUACUCUGAAAUGCUAUAUGGGGCUAGACAGUACUCAGAUCCAAAAGUUCAAUGACCUAGGUGAGGCUUUUGUUUUCCAGUACAAAUAUAAUGUCGACAUGGCACCAGACAGGGAUCAACUUCAUGCUAUGUCUUACAAGGAAAAGGAAACCUUCAAGGAAUACACGCAGAGGUGGCACGAGAUUCUUGCACAGGUUAGUCCUCUGUUGGAGGUAAAAAGAAAUGAAAAAGUUGUUUUUGAAGACGUUUAG